UAAUGCCAUCAACGGAUUAAAUGAAGGGGACUUAUGCGGAAUGCAACGUAUUACUCUUCUAGAACUACAGUCCAACAGCUUGGAUGAAACUACAUUGGAUCCACACACGUUUGACUGCCUCGAACAACUUCACACUUUGAAUCUUGAUUCAAACCACUUCAACCAUGUCCCAGAGGCUGUGCAGUACCAGGAGAGACUCUUGUCUAUAACAACUUUGUAUCUCUCCAGCAAUCAGAUCACAUUCCUGUUAGACGGUGUUUUCUCCAACCUGACCACGCUCAGCACGUUGACUUUGAACUCUAAUAGCAUUAUCUCUAUAGAGAAUGGUGCUUUCCCAGAUAACAUACAAUCCUUAUCCAUGAGUAGCAAUGAAUUUCAUUUCCUACAUGAUAACGUGUUUACCAACCAUUCCCAGCUUGGUACCCUUUCUCUGCCUUCAAACAACAUUGAUAAGAUACCGGAGACAGCCUUUGAUGGGUGCACGAGUCUCACGAGUCUGUAAGUCACUUGUUAUGAUAUGGAUCGACACCUAUGAAGGUGUCAAUGUAUAGUAUGGUUCAUUCACUUGACUCUCAAUCCAACAAUUGCGGGUUCGAAUACCAGCCCGGCUCUAA